UUUAAAACAUUAAGUCACUAUGUCCGAAUCAACCGACCCACAAUGCUCCACCUCCAAGUCCAACCUGAUCAAAGUGAAUCAUGUGGGGGUAACGGCCAAGCUGCAGUCUCCCCUAAAGAAGAUCUUUCCACGGAUGAACUCCUCCAGCGAUUCUGACGCAUAUCAAAACAGUCAGACCCACUACAACAUGUUCAAGGAUGUAGCGUGUGGAGAGAUGACCGCGUCCACGGAUUCCGGCAGCUCACCACACACUCUGUACGAGAUGCACGCCGAGCCGGAGAAGAGUCUGCUUAGCCUGACGAAGAACAAGCCCCAAAGGAUCGAGUUCCAGCGCUACUCCAAGCGGCGUCCCCACAUCCUCGUUCCAACGAAAUCUGCUCCCAAGGCAAAGGCUCGUACCAAGUCCCACAAAGCAUCGCAGGCGAAGAAGCAGAAAGGUGGCUUUCUGGCCCGUUUGGUGGAGUCGCUGGACAAGAUGUGCAAGUGCCAGCCGCAGAGCCAGAAGUCCAUUAUCGAUGAUUUGCCGGAGCCGCAGUGGAAUCGCAAGGAAGCCAACCGGCACACCUGCAUCGGCAUCUAUCCCUUCGAGCACGGAUGCGCCGAUUAUCUAAGCACCACGGACACGCAUCCGAAGAUCAAUGCCAUUGUCUUGGCCGACCGAGCCACCACCUAUGCCACCCACUUCUGGGCGGAGCUCUUCGGCUUGCUCCACAUCGCCGUGGCCUUCGUGGUGGCCUUCAUCCUGCAGAGCUACCGAUUCGUGCUCUACUCCCUGGUGAACACCCUGAUCGUUGGACUACUACACAUGACCGCGGACUACAUGCUGAAGCCCCUUUUGACCAUGCUCUUCAACGGUUACCUUCAACCGCCUCUGAUUUUCCUGUACAAUGUACUGUGUUCUGCGAGGGACAUCCUCGAACCGGUGGCCACCACCCUGAACAACUUUAUGAAGCCGCUGGCCACAGUUGGGGGAAGUAUUCGAAUGGUGGACGUCAACUAUCGCCAGAUCCAUAAACUGGCCAAAGAUGUUUGACUUUCGUUUUGUUUGCUGUUAAAUUGUUAUUGAGUUUUAUCGUUUUAUUAAAAAAAGCGCAAUAUA